GCCUGGCACUGCGGUUUCUUUUGUGUAUAAAUACUGAGCAGAUCGAAAGCAGAAGCAACGAGUUCACCAGAGUUGGCCGCCAUGACUAUGAGCCAGCCCCGGCUGUUCCCCAUUCUCCUGUUGCUCUGCAUCUCGCUCUCGUCCAUCCUUGCGCCUAGCGUCUCUUCAUCCCUCCUCUCCUUCGACAUCCACUUCGCGCAGUGGGGCUACGACCCACAGGAAGUACUCUUCCACCAGAUCAGCCCAAGAAACCUCAGCUCCCAUGGAAGCCGUGAACGCGACGUGUACACAGGCCACCAGGACAAGGCGGUGCUUCGCCGCAAGAAGAAGAACUUCGUGCCCAACACGUGCGACUGCUCAGGGUUGCAGCGGGUCCGGGGGGUAUUCAAGGGUUUUGGAUUUUUGAAUACCCGCUCUUUCAAUCCUGGAUCCGCCUUCGUGGACGGGCUCAUGUACGCGCGGCCGGCGCUGCUCCGGGACGCAGCCACCGGCGAGGUCGCGAGCUUCAAGAUGACGCUGUGCCUCAUCAAUGGCGUCCGCACCGGUUUGUUCCUGUUCCUGUUGCCCUACCCAUGGAAUCGCGAUGACGAAGUGGGGAUACAGGUUGGGCUCGACAGCAACAGCACGGGGAUGGACGGACCCAGCCUCGGCGGCAGUGACCCAGUUGUGUGCGCCCACGUCCACUACGACGGCGAGGAGGAGGUGCUCAAGGCCAACAUCCGGGUCGGCGACCGGUGCUGCCUGUACGUGAGGAGAAUUGAGCGGGGACGCAUGCCCAACAAGGCGGCCGUCGGUUUCGCCUCGACGAACGCCGGCGACCCGAUCAAGCUGGGAAACGUUCUUACCUGGGCGUUCCACUCCACGCUGGAGCCGAAGAAGAAGCAUCAGGAUCCCCCGCGUUUGCGGCCGCCUGGUGCGGCCACCGGUGCUGACGAGGGCUCCUCGGGGGAGCAGCAGGUCCGCUUGGAUCCCUGGAAUCGCAACGCCGAGCUGAAUUUCCGGUAUCGGCGGAAUUGGCAGCAGAAUUGGCAGCUGACGUGCAGCAUCAGCGUGUCUCUGAGCUAUGGAAACGCCAAUGAAGGCAUGGACUAGAUAGAAUUCAGACCAAACUCUAUUUUGUGUAAUAUAUUGCUAUAUUUUGCCUUCGGCCUGGGGCGUUCGAUCCCCUCGCUAGCCAGUACUGUAGUUGUUAUCUAUGUCUAUCUAUAUUUAUUUUAUGAACUUAUUCUUGAUGCGGCUCUU